AUGGUGCUAGAGCUGUCUGGAGAAAAUGAACGGCUAAGACGAGAAUUGCUGGACACUACCGCGAAUUUGGAUCGUUUACAGAAUAAGAUCGAUAAGGCCGACACCGAUAUGGUAAAAGUUGUUCGUGAGGGCAAAGCACAGGCGCUGAAGGCUCGCGCUGUAGCACAAGCAAGAAUCAAAGAACUUGAGGAUCACAUGGCCCAACUAGACACUCAGCAUGCGGAGCAGGUGGAACGACUACAAACUGAAAUUGAAAGCCUACGAAGUACUAGGGAAUGGGAAGUAGAGCAAAAUGCGCAACUUAGGGAACAGUUAAACCAAGCAAAGUGA